AUGUCAAAAUCCUAUUUACUGUGGGUUGGGGGAAGUGAAGUGGCUGGUACUGGUGAUCUGAUACCAGUUGAGAACCCAGCAAGAAUGAACGUAUUCGCAGAAUGUCAUUCUGCAUCACACAAAGACGUAGAUGAUACCGUCCAACUUGCUCAUAGUGUCUUCAAAUCUGGGGUUUGGUCCAAAGCGCCACGGCAUACGCGAGCAGACGUGCUAGACAAGGCUGCCGAGCUUCUCACUUCAAAUCUCGCCACACUGAUACCCUUAGAGGUUGAGCAGACGGGACGCGCAAUCCGAGAGAUGCAAGCUCAAGUUCCAUCUCUCGUUCGAUGGUUCCGCUACUACGCUGCCGUUCUCCGUACUGAAGAGCGCCCUGUCCUGCCAACGAUGGGAAAGCUACACAACUGGCUGGAUCGGGUGCCACUUGGCGUCGUUGUUCAGAUCACACCGUUUAAUCACCCGCUUCUCAUUGCAGUCAAAAAACUUGCACCCGCUUUGGCCGCUGGAAAUAGCGUUAUAUUGAAGCCGAGCGAGCUUACACCGCUGACUAGCUUGCUGCUGGGACCAAUCUUGAAAGAAGCAGGACUGCCAGAUGGUGUCUUCAACGUGUUACCUGGCCUCGGAGGUACGACCGGACGCGCGCUUGUGAGCCACUCUCUUGUGCGGAAAGUAGACAUCACUGGAGGAACAGUUGCUGGAAGAGCGAUUGGCUCUAUUGUUGGUAAUAAUUUGGCACGGUUCACCGCGGAACUGGGAGGAAAGGCACCCUUAAUCAUAUUCGACAAGGCGAACAUUGACCUGGCCGUCAAUGGCGUUGCUUUUGGAUCGUUCAUCGCAAGCGGCCAGACCUGUGUUGCAGCAACUCGAAUCAUUGUUCACAAGAGUAUCUUGGCCACUGUGGAGGAGAGACUCGCCCACAAAGCUGAAUCAAUAGCGCGACGGAUGGGCUCGCCUACAAAUCCCAAAUCUUCUAUGGGCCCUCUCAUCUCGUCUAGGCAACUUGGCAAUGUCGUGAAACUUGUGGAUGAUGCUGUUACCAAUGGCGCGAAAAUUGUUUGCGGCGGUUAUUUCUUCCCUCCAACAAUUUUGGCUUCUGGACCAGCGUGCGACAUUACUAAGACGAAUAUCUGGCGCGAGGAGGCCUUUGGGCCUGUCAUUCUUUUGGUUGGAUUCGAAAGCGAGCAAGAAGCUCUGGAGCUGGCCAACGAUAGCGAGUUUGGCCUAGGAGCGGCGUUGUGGACUGAUGAUCUGAGCCAAGCUUUCAGAGUAUCUGAACAGAUUGAGUCCGGAAUAGUUUGGGUCAACACGCACCAUCGAAAUGAUCCGAGCAGUCCGUGGGGAGGAGCUUCUAGCGCAAGCGGAGUUGGAAGUGAGAAUGGUGUCGAGGCAUAUUAUGCAUAUACGACGACGAAGAGCAUCAUUGUUAACUAUGCUUCCAGUGAUGAAGCCGUAGCGGAUGACUGGUUUAGAGAAGAUGGCGUCCAAGUACGUUAUGGAUGA